AUGUCAAAAGCAGAUAAAAUCCACGUUUUUCUCGGCCUCUUAUUUUUCCUUGUGGCAUUUUUCUACAUCGGGGACCUAGAGAAAAUACUCGGCUAUGAAGCGUUCAGAAACCCGGUCACCGUGAAGAAAAAAUCAUUUUUAGAAGACCCUCUUGGAACGUCGACAGAGACUGAACAUUUGGACCUCUUCGAUUGGGAGAAAAUUUAUACCGAAAGAAAAGCGCUAAAGAAAAGAAUAUGUGAUUCUUUACCGGAAGAUCAUCAAGACAAUACUCAUCUCUUAGAGAAAGUAGAAUCAGAAACACUCGGGCCAUACAACCUUCGAUUCGUGGUGGAUGAAAGACACAAGAUUUUAUACUGCGAGCUACCGAAAACUGGCUGUACGAAUUGGAAGAAGACGCUGCUGAAACUUAUUCAACCCGAUACUUUUGGAAAAAUGAAAUGGGAAAAUAUCCACUCUCCUCAUGGCAAAAAGGGUGACAAUGGCUAUAGAUAUCUCAACACCUAUCCGAAAGAGAAGCAAAUCGAAUAUCUGGAGACAUUUUAUAAAUUCUCGUUCGUUCGGCACCCGCUUGAGCGACUUCUCUCGGCGUAUAGAGACAAGGUCGAAAAACUGUACGAGAGCAAGCCCGAGUUCAAGGACGAAAAUUGGAAACAUGAGCAGUUUCACAAAUUUGUGAGAAAUCUCAUAGAGUCUGGUUUGCCGCGUCAACCUGGUCAAAGAAAAAGGCACUGGUCCUCGUUUAUGUAUCUCUGCGACUUUUGCUCCGUUGAAUAUGAUUUUAUUGGAAAGAUGGACACGCUGAAUGCCGAUGUGGAGUAUGUGUUGAAUGCAAUGAAUGUUUCCGAGCUAACAGAGUAUCCGACUGGGUACCGAACAAAAAGUUAUGCCUCCCUGCUAGAAUACUACAAGGGAAUCGGCCGAGAUACGCUAGAAAACCUUUACACGCUAUAUAAAACUGAUUUCGAUGCAUUUGGCUACACAAUUUCAGAAGAAUUCUACGACUUUGUAUAA